AUGUUUGAUGGGUUUGAAGAUUCGUUGCUGAAAUCGUCAUCUUUUCCUCUCUACGACGAGCCAAGGUAUGACAUGUAUGACGAUGACAUAUCCGUAGAAGUUCUUGAUAUUGAUCAGCCCGCAUAUGAUGAUGACGAGGGUAAAAUGGAUGGCCAGCCGGAGCCAAAUGUCCAACCGGAACUAUUCAUUCACAAUGUUCCGAACAAGACAUCAAUUACGCUUGCCAUUGUUGAUAAAAAAAUUGCAUGUGAAGAUCUCCUCAAUGGGUUGGAUUGUGAAGCUCUUCUCUUCUCCUCUAGAUGGCUGAAAGAAACACCUUUGGUCCUAGAUGCUUUCACAAUCACAAGCAAAUUGACAUCGGGUGGAACUAUCCUGACCAGUUUAGCCAAUCAAAUCCGCCUCCUUAAUGUGGACAACCGGGCAUCCUCUUAUGAGCCUGAAGUUCUUCCUACCCCGGUGGUGAUCCCUCUCCUCCGAGAAGUUCUUGGAGUUAUCCGGCGACCGCCACUGGAUCGUCGACGUGGAUUCGUCGAGCCCUCUCCGGUCCAGUGUCAAGCACCACAAUGGCCCGAGUUAAAAUUAUCAUUAAAUGUAGAAACUGUGGGCCCAAGGAUACACAAGGACCGCGAGCGCUUCCCUCCGAACAACAUCCUCCUAACCCUCGCCGGCGCCGGCAUGCUCUGGCUCGGCUGGACCGGUUUCAACGGCGGCGCUCCGUACGCCGCCAACAUCGACGCUUCCGUCGCCAUCCUAAACACCCACAUAUGCACCGCCACCAGCCUCCUCAUCUGGCUCUGCCUCGACAUCUCCUUCUUCGGCAAACCCUCUGUCAUCGGCGCCGUCCAGGGCAUGAUCACCGGCCUCGUCUCCAUAACCCCCGCCGCCGGCCUCGUCCAGUCCAGCUCCGCCCUUCUCAUCGGCGUCUUCUCUGGCAGCAUUCCUUGGCUCACUAUGAUGGUUCUCCACAAACGCGUUCGCUUUCUGAAAAAGAUCGACGACACGCUCGCCAUUUUCCACACGCACGGCAUCGCGGGCGCACUGGGCGGGCUGUUGACGGGCCUGCUGGCCGACCCGAAGAUGACCAGGUUAUUUUUUGGGGAUGACCCGAAAUUCAUCGGGCUGAUUUUCGGGUUGAAGGAUGGGCAGGUUCGGGCCGGGUUGAGGCAGAUGGGAAUGCAGGUGGUGGGGAUGUUGUUUGUUGGUGUUUGGAAUGUGGUGGUGACGACGGCGAUAUUUGUGGUGAUUAGGAUGGUGGUGGCGCUAAAGAUAAGGGAGGAGGAAUUGGUGGUGGGCGAUGAUGCCAUACAUGGGGAGGAUGCGUAUGCGGUAUGGGGGGAUGGGGAGACAUAUAAGAGGUAUGUUCAUGGGCAUGAGGGGUUUGAUGGGGUUAAGGAUGAGGAGAUGAUGUGA